AUGAAGCUCUUCACUACCUUUGCUACAGUCCUCGGUCUAGCUGGUCUAGUCCAGGCUCACAUGGAGAUGACCUACCCUCCACCUUUCAAGAGCAAGAAGAACCCCUACGCCAAUGGGGACAUCGACUACAGCAUGACUUCUCCCCUCUCAGGCAACGGGGCCAACUUCCCUUGCAAGGGAUACAACUCUCUUUUCGGCACCGCGGCUGGUGCACCUACUGCUACCUGGACAGCAGGCAAAUCUUACAAUAUCGAGAUCCAGGGCGGCGCAGAUCACGCUGGCGGCAGUUGCCAGGCCUCACUUUCUUUCGACCGUGGACGCACAUGGGUUGCCAUCCAGUCCUGGAUCGGCAACUGUCCCAUUGCACCUUUGUCCACUUUCAAAUUCACUCUUCCUGUUGAUACACCCGCAGGUAACGCUCUUUUCGCAUGGACGUGGUUCAACAAGAUCGGUAACCGCGAAAUGUACAUGAACUGCGCAACUAUUACUGUCAAGGCUGCCAGCGGUACUCCCAAGAUAGCUAUGAAGAAACGCCCUGCCAUGUUUGUCGCCAACGUCGGGAACGGAUGCGGCACGAAGGAGGGCGUUGAUCUGAUGUUCCCCAACCCUGGCCCCGACGUCUCUGUGGGCUCGAGCAACACUGGUCCGCCGGUCGGUCAGUGUCCAGCUGGUUCUGGAGUUGCUGUCCCGCCUCAACAGACUACUACUACUAAGGCCCCUACCAAGACUACUAAAGCACCUGGCGGUGUAUUUAUCACUGUCCCUACUCCCACUACUACCAAGAAGACCACUCUGAAGUCAACGACUCGCACAACAAAGACGACAGUCAUUCCACCCGCGCCAACCAAGCCUGCACGCGGUUUAAUCACUCCCGGAACGCCGUGUACGCCUGAGGGGUACUGGAACUGUGUCAAAACCGGCAUGGCUUUCCAGCGAUGUGCUUCUGGUACGUGGUCAGUCAGUAUGGCUGUCGCGCCUGGUACAAAAUGCAUUCCAGGACAGAGCAUGGAGUUUACGAUUGUAUAUGCAUGA